AUGGAACUAUCUGAUUUCGAUGUUUUAACUUUUGAUUGCUACGGCACCUUAAUCGAUUGGGAGAGUGGUAUUCUUCAAGCGCUCAAGCCUUGGUUAAACCAGCACAAGAUUGAGCUGACGGAUGCCACCAUCUUGGAAAUGUAUGCACGCCAUGAAUCGAAGAUUGAGCACGAUUUUCCUGGUAUAGUCUAUACGGAUAUCUUAUAUCGUGUUCAUAAAGCUUUAGCAAAAGAGUGGAAUAUCAUCCAUUCGACGGAUGAUGAAGCAACCCGCUUUAGCUUGUCGGUUAAAGAUUGGCCAACUUUUUCCGACUCUCAUGAUGCUUUAAAAACACUAAAGCGUUACUAUAAAUUAGCCAUACUUUCCAAUAUAGACAACCAAUCCAUACAACAUAGCAUUAACAAAUUAGGCGUUGAAUUUGAUUACGUCUUUUCGGCUCAGGACAUUGGAUCGUAUAAACCCAAUCAGCGAAAUUUUCAGUAUUUACUGGAUAACUUGGCAACUUGUGAUAUACAAGCCAGUAAAGUCUUACAUACAGCCCAGAGUUUAUUUCAUGAUCAUGUACCGGCUAAAGCGAUAGGAAUGGCAACAUGUUGGAUUAAUCGACGCUAUAAUAAGUCAGGUUGGGGAGCGACGCCGGAACCUUCCCAUCCAGUCAAACCUGACUUCCAGUUUAAUAGUCUGGCAGACAUGGCAGCUGCCAGACAACAACUAAAUUAA